AUGGCUUUUAAGGAUACCAGAAAGAUGCCCAUGGAACCAGAGGUGGCCAUUCACUGGAUUAGAAUUACUCUAACCAGCCGCAACGUGAAGUCGCUGGAGAAAGUAUGUGCUGACUUGAUUAGUGGUGCAAAGGACAAGAACCUGAAAGUGAAGGGCCCAGUUAGGAUGCCUACCAAGACUCUGAGAAUCACAACAAGGAAGACACCUUGUGGUGAAUGUUCUAAGACCUGGGACCGCUUCCAGACGAGAAUCCAUAAGCGACUCAUUGACUUGCACAGUCCUUCUGAGAUUGUUAAGCAAAUCACUGCCAUCAGUAUUGAGCCUGGAGUAGAGGUUGAAGUCACCGUUGCAGAUGCUUAA